AUAAACUCAAUUAAAUAUUGCAAUGACAACGACCACGGACUGCACUACGCAAGUUUAUGUAUAUCACAGUUUGGGCCACCAGUAUAGUGGUAACAAAUCACCGGAUCUUCAGCUUACCUUGCAUGAAUAUGGCAAAGAUUCAAUAGAACUUGAGCUGACAAAUCUAAGAUAUAACACGCAAAAAUGGCAGAAAAUUAAACACAUAUGCAUACUAGCAACUUUAUAUUUAGCUUGUAUCACUUCGGUACCAAAAAGUUUACUCCUUUCAAAAGGACUAAUAUUGUGCGGCGUUUCCUGUCUCUUGUGGUUACUUUACCGAAUUUUAAACUUGUUGUCAUUAAUCAAGAGUGAGAGAAUUAUAUUUUGUUUGGAUUUGGCUCUGCAGUGCCAUACAGUGCGGAUUUUUUCUCGAACCUCAAACAUAUUUAUUCCUGCUAACAAUAUUUAUGAUAUUGUUAUCAACGAGGUUAUUGAAGAUUUGGAUGUACAUUAUAUACUAAUAAUUCGAACACAAGGGCAGCUUUUUCAAAAGAGACCAAUAAUUCCCCUUUUUAAUAAAUUACAUCCAUCGUUCGAGUGCUUGCAAAUGACUUACAAGUAUCUUAAUAAAAUUCUGCGAAAAACUGGCCGAUUGUCAUAAAUAUAGUUUUAUAACUAAAGUAGUUUCAUUCCAAUAGAUGUCAUCUUUACUUCUUCUAUUAGCGAAUCUAUCUAUAUACAUAAAACCAUAAAAUAUACAUAUAUUUGAAUGAAAGUAUUAUCGCUUA